AUGUUUUUCCCUUCUCUGUCUUUCAGGGAUCUAAACUACAAUGAGCUGCUGGAAUUCCCUGGGGCUAUCAGGACGCUGGGCCGACUGCAGGAGCUCGGUUUUCAUAACAACAACAUCAAAGCUAUUCCAGAGAACGCAUUUGUUGGGAAUCCCCUCCUCCAAACAAUCCAUUUUUAUGACAAUCCCAUCCAGUUUGUUGGACAGUCUGCUUUCCAGUACUUGCCAAAGCUCCACACUCUGUCGCUCAAUGGUGCAACGGACAUCAGAGAAUUCCCAGACCUUAAAGGCACCACCAGCCUAGAAGUUUUGACCUUGACCCGGGCAGGCAUUCAUUUACUCCCCAGAGGGAUGUGCCAGCAGCUGCCCAGCCUCCGAGUCCUAGAACUGUCACACAACCAAAUCGAAGAUCUGCCCAGUUUCCACCGGUGUCAGCGGCUGGAGGAGCUUGGUCUCCAGCACAACAGGAUCCAUGAAAUCAGAGCAGACACCUUUGUGCAGCUGAUGGCCCUGCGCUCCAUAGACCUGAGCUGGAAUUACAUCCAGUUUAUUCACCCUGAAGCCUUUGUGACCCUGCACUCGCUCACCAAGCUGGACUUGACUGAUAACCGGCUGGUCACACUGCCUCUGGAUGGUUUGGGUGGACUGACCCAUCUUAAGCUCCAAGGCAACCCGGCUCUCUCCGAGCCCUUCACCAAGGAAAGCUUCCCCAAAAUGAGAGUUCUCGAGGUACCUUACGCCUACCAGUGCUGUGCCUAUGGAAGCUGCAGCAGCUUCUUCAAGCUGUCCAACCAAUGGGAGGCAGAAGACAUGAGCCCUGAGGAGGAGGAUCCCCACAAGAGGACCAUGGAAUUGUUUCCAGGUCAUGCUGAUAAUCACUAUGACCUAGAUGCAGAUGACCCCCAGCUGGACCUUGAGGAAUCAAAGCUGCACCCCACUAUUCAGUGCACACCAAGUCCCGGUCCCUUCAAGCCUUGCGAUCACUUGUUUGAGAGCUGGAUCAUCCGCCUGGGAGUCUGGGUCAUCGUUCUGGUCUCGGUGCUCUGCAAUGGGCUGGUCAUUCUGGCUGUCUUUGCCUCUCCCAGCUACCUCUCUCCAGUUAAGUUCAUCAUCGGCUCCAUAGCUGGAGCCAACAUGCUGACUGGCAUUUACUGCAGUAUGCUGGCUCUCGUCGACGCCCUGACCUACGGCCAGUUUGCCAAAUACGGUGCAAGAUGGGAGACCGGCGCAGGCUGCAGGGUGACGGGGUUCCUGUCAGUGUUUGCCUCUGAGGCUGCCAUCUUUCUGCUGACAUUGGCUGCCGUGCAGUGCAGCAUUUCAGUCUCCUGUGUGCGGAGCUACAGAAAGUCACCCUCCUUAGGCAAGGUCAAGGCUGCUGUCUUUUGCUGCCUGUUGCUGUCCUCUGUGGCUGCCGUUCUGCCUCUCUUCUCCAUUGGGGAAUAUGGAGCAUCCCCUCUCUGUCUCCCGUACCCCAUUCCGGAUGGGAAAGCUGCCACCCUGGGCUUCACUGUGGCCUUGGUGAUGACAAACAUGCUCUGCUUCCUGACUAUCACGGGCACCUACAUCCGACUCUACUGCAACCUGCUGAAAGGGGAGUUCAGCGCUGUCUGGGACUGUGCCAUGGUCAAGCAUGUGGCCUGGCUGAUCUUCACCAACUGCCUCCUCUACUGCCCAGUGGCCUUCCUCACUUUCUCCUCCACACUCAACCUCUUCCUCAUCACUCCAGAGGUCAUCAAAUCCGUCCUCCUUGUGGUCCUGCCCCUGCCCGCCUGCCUGAACCCCUUGCUCUACCUGCUCUUCAACCCCCACUUCAGAGAUGACCUCCGCCUGCUGAGGCAGAAGAGCCAGGACAAGGGGAGCUACCCCCAGUCCUGUGGGGUCGAUGACAUGGAGAAAAGCUCCUAUGACUCCACCCAGGCUCUGGUGAGCUUCUCCGACAUCGACCACAUAUUCGAGACACCUGAUUCCCUGGGAGUGCACCCCAUCCUCGACAGCUACAGCUUCCCCUCCAUGACCCUUGUCCCCUGCCAGCAAAGGGUGGGCACCAGAGGGAAGGAGAGGGGCUUGUCUGAGCAUUGUCCCUGCCUCAAUGACAGUGAGGUGCUGAUUGCUUCAGAGAGUCAAGAUCCAGCUGGCAGCAGCCUCCGGAUAGCUUUCUUCCCCUCCCCGCCCACGCCGCCUUACACAUCUCACUUAUAA